AUGUCCAAGUUGCUCAAUUUGAAGUUGGUUCACCCUUCAUGCAUCUGGGCCCAGCUGGACAGUCAUGUUGGCAUUGACGCAGUGGGCAAGCAUCAGUAUGACAAGCUGUUUGAACGCAUGAACCUCUUCUAUGGUGAUUACACCAGUGACGAGUGUACAGUGACUCGCUCCUCGCUGGAGAAGGGCCAGGUAUGCGUAGUUUACUGGUCCCAGAAUAAGAUGUGGUGCCGGGCCAGGCUGGAAAACAUAAUUUCAGAGGCACAACCGUGUCUUGCUUGCUGUCAGCUUCUGGACCAUGGAGAAUCCCUUAUUGUUCUCCUCAGUCGAGUCCAACACGUUGAGCAGGAUUUCCUUCAGCUGCCGUUCUGGAUGAGGAGGUUCCACUUAGCGAGAGUAACGCCCCUGACGCUGCAAGUGUCUUUUUGUCAGGAGGCCAAACUGGUGCAAUCCAGUCGCUGGGACUGCUCAGCCACAUCAUACAUGUGUGACCUUCUCGAGACUUCAAGUCAGACUGAGGCCGUUCUACUCGAGGAAGAGUCCAACUCCACUGCCAUCGAGCUCUACGUGAGCAUCAAUGGGAUCAAGAUUUGUGUGAAUGAUGAGCUGGUUUUGAAGAGGUUUGCCAUCCACAGCCAAGACUGUUCCAACAGCGGCAAGUUGGAGCAGAUUAAUGCUCUGCAUUUUAGGAUUUUAAACUGCUGCCCUAACACGCCUGGCAGCAGACCCCUAGCACAGGCAGCAGCUGCUCCAGUUCCAUUAUCACCAGUGGAAACUGCACCUGCUCCAGUGAUCCAGCGUGCUAAAACGGGAGUCUGUACUGGCAUGACAGGGACCCCUCAGAGCGUAGAGUGUGAGGGAAUCGGUAGGUCAAAGGAUGGACAAGCAUUACCAGGCAGCCGACCAGAGAGGUCAAUGAGGUCCCUCAAUCCACCACACAGCUUUAAAGAGGCUGAGAUAAGUGUGAGUCAACCUGAGGAGCAGAUUGAGUGUUCACCUCAGCAUUCUUCCCGCAUAUCAAUCACAGGACAAGAAGUCGCACUGCCUCCCGCCCAACUGGACGUGCCGAAGACAAGCAACAACAACUCUGCAUGCGCAAGACUUUUGGAGUGGUUGAAUCCACAGCCUUUGAAAUUUCCAUCAGAUGAUGAAGAUGAGCCGGUGAUUCUCGAUGCUCCCAAGACAGGCGGUGUUCUGGUGCACUCUGCUGUCCCGAUAGAGCCGUGUUCAAGUCUGGCUGACGCGCCCAUCACCGAGUCAGUUUGCAGGAUAUUGCAGAGGAAGCAGGUCUGCCUGUCUUCCGCAGACCUUCUAAGUUGGCCCUCUGUGGGUAGAGGAAACAACACCAUAGUCAUCUCGCCUAGCGCUGACCAGCCUCAAGGCUACCUGCCCCCCCUUCUCAGCCACAUACUGCUAUGCACUAUCUUCACCAUCUCCUCCUCUACAGCUGGCCCGAUAGCAGUGGUGCUUUGUCCCGGCUGGGAGAAGGUCCAGCUGAUAUGCGACCUUUUAGAGGAGUGCAAGCUUACCCAGCGUCUCAAUGCAACCAGCGUACUUCUUGGUUGUGGCAAAGAUGAACCCAAAGCCUUCAAGAUGCCCAAAGACUGCCUAUUGCUAGUGACCACUCCCUUCAGUCUGGUGCGUCUGCUGUCGUGUCACUGCUUUUUGUUCCUGCGUUUGAGUCACCUUGUGCUGGAUGAGGCUGACCAGCUCUUCACGCUAGCGUCGGUCCAGAUGGAGAAGAUUUUGCAGCAUUUUCAGAAGAUCAGCUCCCGCCAGGAAAUGUCCUCAUGUCCACAACAACUGAUCGCUGUGGCAAAGCGGUGGACGAGUCACAUGGAGGCUUUGAUAGCAGAGCACAUGCCUUUCGCUAGUGUCCUCAUAGCAGCUCCUGAAGAAGCGGCGCUGUAUGGAAACGUGCAACAGCUUGUACUUAUGACCUUGGAGAGGAGCAAGAUCUCCACAUUGUUGAGCGCAUUGGAUUUCAGUCCUGACGUGGGCCAGAAGACUCUCAUUGUCUGCGACUCUACAGAAGAGGUUGAAAAUGUCUACAAGGCUGUAAGGUCUAAAUCAGCAUUCAGUCUAAAGAUUCACGAGGACUUAAUUCACACAUUGAACUUUGUGCUCCAGCAGUGGGGCAAAGAAGUUUGCCCUGGCGCGCAAGUCAUUCUGGUCACCGCCGGAGAGUGCCUGAAGUGUUUGGGGCUGACAGAUGCUACCUGUGUGGUCCACUUUGGCUUCCCAAGUUCUCCCAAAAUAUUCGGAAGCCGACUCUCUUGCAUGAGCCACAAUUUCAGGAAUCUCACCAACCUUCCUUCCCCUCAAGACUCAAUGGCAAAAGUCUCUCAAGUCUGCAAGUCCUUGCUGCUGGUCUCUGAGAAGAAUGCGCAGCACGUUGGUGGCCUGGUGCGCUACCUCAAACGAAGCCAUGCUCUACUCCCUGCAGAGCUGCUGUCUUUCGCAGAGGCUGCCGACGUGGCCCGAGAGGAGCAAAAGACUGAGCGGCCACUAUGUCACCACCUGAAGAGCUUUGGAAUGUGCAGGUUUGGUGCCGUGUGUCCAGAUCGCCACAGGCUCAUUCCUCAACUGGAUCAGUCCGAACUUCCUGCUUCCGGACUAAUAGAGGUGUUGCCUCUCCACAUCAAGACAGCGUCAGUUUUCUAUGGUCUUAUAAUCCAGAGGGAGAAAGAAGUCUUUGACAGAAUGGUGGCUGGCAUGACGUCUUACUAUGCUGACAGCAAGCCGUGUCCUGAGGAGGUGUUGGAAGGAGGCUUGUAUGCUGUACAGGACGACCACCAUUUCCACAGGGUGAAGGUCCUAACUGUCGCAGACAACAAAGGCCGCCUAUUUUUCAGUGUCCUCGCUCGCUUUAUUGACAUUGGAAAAGAGGCAGAAGUCAAAUCCCACCAGAUCCUGCGGCUGCCGGAAGAGUUCCACUCUUUGCCUGGCCAAGCAGUGGAAAUGAUUGUGUGCCAGGUGAAGCCUUGUGACGCAGAGGCUGACUGGCAUCCCAAGGUGACCAGAACCAUCAGCCAGAAGAUACAAGGUGUUAAGCACCGAGCCAGAGCCGUCCUCAGUCUUGGAAACACAGUCUUUCUGGAUCUUAUGGUUCUGGAGAGCAGAGUGGCUGGUAUGAAGACUGUGAUCAGUGACUACAACGUUCCUAGCCUCAUUUUAAACACCGGCAUGGCAGAACGAAACCCAGAUCAUGUGAACCUUCUGAAGCUACUCAGCGGGACAAGUGCAACCAAUCAUGCUUGUGGCAGGAAUCAAACAAGUGAGCCUCCGGUAAAGUCCUUGGAUAUGAGCAACAACAAAGAUGGAGUCUUUGCCGGUGACAACCAAAAAAACAAUCAGCUGAGCCAUGGAGAGGCUCACAUGACAAAGAGUUUGCACCCGCAGGUCCGCUGGUAUCAGACGUCCACGGAACUGAGCGUCACUCUGAAGCUAAGGGACCCGGAGAGUCAGCGCUGCGAAUUCCACACUGACCGCGUGGUGUACAGUUGCAUUGUGAAUGGUCGUCGCUAUGGAGUGGAUUUUGAGCUCCACUCGUCCGUGUCGUCUGAGCGCUGCCACCAGAAGCUGAAUUGCAACGAGCCCGUCCUCACGCUCGUCAAGCAAGAGCCAGGGUACUGGCCUACGCUUCUCCGGAGCAAGAAUAUAUUUGUGAGUUAUGACAUGGAGCACCUGGAGCAAGACGAUAUUGUGUCACGUCAAAGUCAUGUGUUUGAGAGUGACACGGGAGAAGAAGAACACUUUGUCAACAGGUGCAGCAGCAGCGACAGUGACAGCGACUCAUGUUGAAGGUCGUCAACACACUUGUCUGGUUGCCAGCCAAUUGCAGUCUACUACCAC